UGGUCUGAGCUCUGUUUCUGCUGUUACUUUCUGGGAACAGAGAAGCAUUUGACAUGUCAGAUCUGUAUUAGGAACUGAUGUUUCUCCACCUGGACCUUGCAGAUGACACGAAUAAACAAUUUCCAAUGAUAAUGGAAUUGCAAUCAAUGACAUUUUAAAGGUAUCUGAUUUUGGGAGGAACAAGCUGGUCAUAUGUUAUCCCUACAUCUGCCCAUGAGGUUAUUACAUAGGCACCAUGUGGCUGCAAAACUGGUUCCUGGCCGUGUUCUUCAUCACAUUUUUCAUUCAUGCUGACUGUGACACUCAGGUGACAGACUCAAUGUACCAGAGUGGUGGCAUUACUAGGCCUUCAAAGGGACAAUGGACAGCUUGGGCCUCUUGGACUUCCAGUUCUAGUACCUGUGGGAAUGGAGUUGCAGUCAGGACACGAAGGUGUUUACGGGUCACUAGAAUGGACAGGUGUGCAGGAGAACAGCGACAGUACAGAAGCUGUCAGUCAGGGAUUUGCCCAGAAGAUGCUUUACCAUUUAGGGAUUUGCAGUGUGCUUUGUACAAUUACAGACCCAUUCCUGGCAGUCAACGGGGGUACAAGUGGGUACCAUUUUAUGGAGCACCCACUGCUUGUCAUCUGAACUGCUUGGCUGUUGGACAGAACUUUUAUUAUACUUUUGGACGAGUGUUGGAUGGAACAAGCUGUGGACCAAACUCUAAUGGAACCUGUAUCAAUGGCCAGUGCUUGAAAGCAGACUGCAAUGGGAUCUUUACAUCUGAGGUGUCCAAAGAAUCAUGUGGAAAAUGUCAAGAGCAACAAAAUACUUGUGUCCUUAUCCAAAGGGUUUACCUGGCCCCUUUCCCCUCUUCAGGUUACUUCGGAUAUAAAAACGUGACAAGAAUACCUGCUGGUGCCUCACAAAUUAAAGUGAUGGAUGAAAGCCGUAACAUAUUAGCCUUGAUGGAUUCUAAUGGCCACUAUGUAAUUAAUGGCGAUUGGGUGGUUUCCUGGUCAGGAAUUUACAAAGUAGCAGGAACAGAGGUUCAUUACAUUCGGAAUUCAGAAAGUCAUGAGGUUUUGGAAGCAGAUGGUCCUACAAAUGAGGAUCUUUAUGUCCAGGUUCUCUUCCAAGAAAAUAACCCAGGGAUUACAUACCAGUUCUGGUUGCCAAAAGAUCUUUACGAUAAUUAUAAAAGGGAGCCCCAUUUGAGCUGGCAACAGUCAGAAAAUGAGGAUUUGAACUCGUGGGUAAAUAAAACCACCUCCGGUAAUGGAGAAAGCCAUUUAGGGACAGCACAAGGGAAAGAGGUGCUUACUGUUUCCAGAAAAGGACAAUGCAGAAGGUGUAAAACUCCAAAGGGGAAAUCACAGAGGAUAAAGCAGUACUGUCAAAGUGAUUUUGUGAUCCAUGCCAAGGUUUUAGGAAGAAGGAUAAUCGGACAAGAGACACGCUAUGACAUCCAAGUUAAGCAUGCUUACAAACACAAGUUUCCAAUCAUGCAUCGUGAAUAUAUCUGGGUGUCCAAUACAUGUGACUGUCCUUAUUUAGUGGAUAGACAUGAAUAUAUUAUGAUGGCCUCAAAACAUGUGAACCAUGAGUAUACUCUAAACAGAAUCCUGCUCUCUGUGACAAGCUUUGUCAAACCUUGGUCCCCAGAGGAGGACCAGAAGCUGCAGCGUGUGAACAUUUUUUGUUCAACUACCCCUUGAGGUCUCUAAAUGAAGCUCAUUGUUAUUAAAGGUGCAGCUGGAGAGGAAACUUGGAUCAAAAUUCCAGCAGUCAGUUCAGCUGUUAGCUUCUUUGGGAUAUCUGAAUGCUGAUAAUUUGUCCAAAAACAGAUCUGGAUCUGUGCAAGGUAAUAAUGCUAAAAAAUCAUCAAGACUUGAAAGGGGGUAUGUAUAUCAGAUAUAAAAUUCAGCUAAACCAUGAAUUUAGUCCCAUUCUGCCCUUAGGGAUUAUAACCUUGCCCCCACAGCAUAACAUAAUCCCCCAACACAUCAGUUCAUUACCUCUUCAAAGUAAAACCAUGUCUUCUGGGACCAACCUGCUAUUUAUCAUACGGAAACUGGAUAUAUGGGGCUGGUGUUUGGAGUAACAUGGAUGUGACUGAAUCCUGUCAGAUUUGUGUUUUACAGCACUCCAAUUCUGUUGGAUCUCAUUUUGAAACUAUUUAAAUUGGACAUGUAGUUUAAUUACGGUCUGGAUGAAUGAGACAUUUCUCCAGCAGAUUUUACUCAAUUGUGUUAAAACAUUUUUCAGACUCUUUCUUUCUCAGGAAUAAUGUGCAUCAUAGUGUGGGUGGUUGGUAUGCAGCAUACACCUUAAAAGUGUUUUUAAGAUUGUCUGUUUUUUAAUUAAAGGGAUCCAUAAUUUGGAAACUCCUUAUGCAGAAAGCUCUGAAAUACUGCAGUGCCACUGUCUAUAGUGUCUUAUUUAAAUAAACCAUUAUUAAUUUUUAAGAGA